AAAGAUUUUAGGUAUGGAAAGAAAGAAAAAAUUAUAAUCUGUAAGGGAGUCUGGGCAAUGAGUAUCUGGCAUUUUUACUUUCUGUUAUAUAUUGUGAGAUAGGCUCUUUCUCUUACCAGGUUUUCUCUGAAAUAGAUGAUUUCUAGUCCUAAGAGCCAAGGCCAAAGAAGUAACGAAAACGGUAACAUGUCCACACACUAGAAGACUAGAAGACUUAUCAAUGAAAAAUAUACUUCAUGGGAUGGCAAGAAGCAACAUAGGAUUGUAGUUGACAGUUAAAAGGGCCAAAUUCCAGGGUUCACCAGAUAAAUUUAACACAUAUGUGACCCUGAAAGUACAGAAUGUGAAGAGCACAACUGUAGCAGUUCGUGGUGAUCAGCCUUCCUGGGAACAGGAUUUCAUGUUUGAGAUUAGUCGCCUGGACCUGGGUCUAAGUGUGGAGGUAUGGAACAAAGGACUGAUCUGGGACACCAUGGUGGGGACUGUGUGGAUUGCACUGAAGACUAUUCGUCAGUCGGAUGAGGAAGGGCCUGGGGAAUGGUCCACAUUGGAGGCAGAGACGUUAAUGAAAGAUGAUGAGAUCUGUGGAACUAGAAACCCAACUCCUCAUAAAAUUUUGCUUGAUACAAGAUUUGAGUUGCCUUUUGAUAUCCCAGAGGAGGAAGCCAGAUAUUGGACCUACAAAUGGGAGCAAAUCAAUGCCUUGGGAGCUGACAAUGAGUAUUCUAGUCAAGAAGAAAGCCGGAGGAAGCCAUUGCCCACUGCUGCCGCCCAGUGUUCUUUUGAAGACCCUGAUAGUGCCGUCGAUGACCGAGAUAGUGACUAUCGCAGUGAGACCAGCAACAGCAUCCCACCUCCUUACCAUACAACUUCCCAGCCCAACGCUUCUGUGCACCAGUUCCCUGUGCCGGUGGGAUUACCGCAGCAGCUGCUACUUCAAGGCAGUUCCCGGGACUCUUGUAAUGAUUCUAUGCAAAGUUAUGACUUCGAUUAUCCUGAGCGGCGGGCCAUCAGACAAGGCUCACGGGCUAAAGAUGAAAAAAUUAGGAUUAUUUCAGCCUUCUCUGAUGUUGACUAUGAAGAGCAAGAAGAUAUACAUAAGGAGAUAGAGGGGAAAAUAUCACAAGAGUGUCUAGAAAAUAAUAACAUAAACUUGAAGGAAGCAGAGGUAAAAGAAAUUAGAACCCUUUCAAAAAUGGAUAAAUACUACAGCCAACAGAAACAACCAAAGUAUAAGAACAGGAAAAAGUCACCACCUCAGAGCCAACAAACAGAAUUCUCUACUGAAUUUAAGGUUGAAGCAUCUGUUUUCUCCAGGUAUCCUCAAAAAUAUGAUACACUAGAUAGACGAAGAAAAAAGAAACCCUUAUACAAUUAUUUUGAAGACACUGAAAGAAGACAUUAUGAUGAGAGAUCUGAAACUAAGACUAACUACAAAAGUACAUAUUCUAAUACUGAAAAUUGUACCCUUUGCCAUACUGAAAAUAAGAAACAAAUUAUGGGGUACCCAGUUUUGUACCCCUACAAAAAUGGAUUUGUGGUUAAGAGUGGCCUGCAGCGCAUUAAGUUGGAAAGUCAUGAUUAUCAUCUGUGCAGUUGUUUAAGACACUGUGAAAAGUCAUCUGGCUCAAACCAGCAUGUCACUAAUUUUACCUCAUUAGAUAUUCUUGAAGAUUCUACUAGUAGUACUUCUGAUGAACUUCUGGGUUCCCCCAUUUCUGAUAAGCAGGAAAAUUUACAGUCACCAACAUGGCAUUCAUCCAUUGUCCACCAUCUUGGAGAUUUUCCUGAAGAAUAUUAUGUAGCAAAUUCAGCAUUGCCAUUACAAAGGAUGAAUUGUGAUGCAAAAACACUUGGAGAUCUGUCUGGGUGCUCUACAGAAGAGAUAACCCCUUCCUCUAUUGAGGAGCCCAAGGAGGACCAUAUUGAUACAAUGGAUGAGCUUCAGUGUUUGGUAGAAACUGUGUCAGAAUAUUUAGCAGAGAAGGAAGAAGAGAUUAAUAGAUUUGGUUCACUUUCAAAAACUAAAAAAUCACAUAAACAAAAUAGUACUGUUGAUGCAGAACAGAGAACGCCUGGGGAUGAAAUACCACCUGUAACUAUUGUCAAGAAUGACAAGGACAUGGCCAUCUCUUUCCCUGAGUUGACUGGAGUAAAAUGUGCUGUUGGUUCUUUGUUUAGUUCACUCACAGAAAAAGUGGGUUCAGGUACAAAGCAUCUAACAAACUCUGUGGAAAAGUUGGUUUCCUUAGUUCCAGAAAAAGCAGAAACUCUUAAUAAAAUAGAGGCGAUUAAUUUGGGAUCUAAACCCAGAGCCAUGGCAGUAUUGGAAAAGGAUCUUUCCAUGCAAUCUCCAUUAUCUUCUCAAAGAGAUGAUAAUGUGAAUAUAGGCAGACAUGGAAAAACCUCUGAAAAUGAGCACAUGGGCAAUAAAACUGGGAGCUUAUACUUUGAGAAUGCAACAGAAAGUAUUGCAAAGGACUCGUCUCUACAGAGUCAGAGUUCGGUUAUAAAGUCGGUUUUCAGCAGGUUAAAUCCAUUGAAGAUCUUUUCAGAAAAGGAGGAAACAAAAAAAGAUGAUGACCAGAGUAAGCCACCGAGAAAAGAAAGCUUUGUUGAGUGUGGUUUGGAGUUAAAUAAAAGGGAAGGCACUCUUGACAAUCACAGUAGUAGCAUCAUUGCAUUAAAUAGUAGUGAUGAAGAAACUACGGGCUGGUUCCAGAUGCCCACAAGUGAGAAUUUGUUGUCCUCCCAAGUAACUAGUGAACCUUCAAACUUAGCUAGUUCUGCAAGUAAAAAUGAUGACAUUGAGAGUCUAUUGGAGGGAAAACCCUGUAUAGAUGUGUCUGUGUUACCAGAUCAACAAAAAAUAUGUGCCAAAGAUACUCCAGGACAUCCUUGUAUAGCUGGCAGUAGAACUGCAAGUAAAGAGGUAUCUUCAAAGCCAUUAGAGGAAGACAAAGUUACUGGUAAUGAUGAUUUCCUUGAGCCACUCAGAAAAUCAUUUAGCCAGUUUUUGCUCACUUCCCCUGAGACUUGUUCAAAGGAAAGUUUGUCAGAAUCUGUGAAAAUUCACCAGGUGGAGGAAGAUGGAUUGGAAAGGGGCUCUAAGAAAGAUGGUCGUUCCUUUUCCUUUAGUGGAAAACUAAAUCUUCCAUUUUUUAGAGGUCUUGGUCAUUCUGAAAAGCAACAGGAGUUAAAAGAGAAAGGAAGCAUUUUUCCUUUGUUUAAAUUUUCUUUCACUGACAGCAAGGUUACUGUUAAUGAUGGCUCAGCAGUAACCACUGAUGAGGAGAGCAAAAAAAAUUGCCAUGAAGAUACCAAACAUAGUUCAGUAAAAUCUAGUUAUGUUCCAAAUAUUCAUAGUGAUCUAGGAAAAUUUGACAGCACAGAGGAAUUUAAAAAGAAUGACCAAAUAAAUUGUCCUGAAGAUGCCAAACUUAAUUCAAUAAAAUCUAGUUCAGUUCCAAAUAUUCCUGAUGAUCUAGAGAAGUUUGACAGUACAAAGGAAUUUAAUAAGAGUGACCAAGUAAAUUGUCCUGAAGAUGCCAAACUUAGUUCAAUAAAAUCUAGUUCAGUUCCAAAUAUUCAUAAUAAUCUAGGGCAAUUUGACAGUACAGAGGAAUUUAAUCAGAAUGACCAAAGAAAUAGUCCUGAAGAUGCCAAAUUUAAUAUAAUACAGUCUGAUUCAGUUACAAAUAUUAAUAAUGAUCCGGGGAAAUUUGGGAGUAUAGAGGAAUUAAAUCCAAGUGACCACACAGCAGGAGAGAAUUUUGAAAGAGAUGGAUUAGCCAUCCCUGGAGUUGUGCCCAAAAAAUAUAUAACUUCAGAUCCUUUAAGAGAAGGUAAGAGUCUAAUACAAGCAACAUCUUCAGUAGCAUCAGACUCUUCAUUAGAGUGUAUUUCUGCCACUUCGAAAUCCACUUUGGUUAAUGAAAUUAAUGAAGAUAAGGUUAUAGAUAAGACUUCCAAGAAAAAAACCCAAGGAAGCUUCCUUUCUGGCCUGUUUAAUAGGUUUUCUUCUGCUGAAAAUUUGUCUAGUCAAGAAUUAAAUUUGAAAAAUGAUGACUCCCAUCACAAGAAUGAUACCCCAGGUUUAAUCUCUGGAAUAUUUAACCUGCUAUCAAAUAGCAGUAUGACUGAUCAUAAACUGGAGGAAGCAAAGUUCGUGUCUUUAGGCAACACGAAGAGUUUGAAUGGAGAUAUGCAUUUAUCUUUGGAUGAGGUCCCUGCUACUUCAUGUGUGACGUCUGAGAACCCGAAGAACUAUGUUGAAAAACAUGAAACUUCUGGCUUCGUAGAAGCCUCCUUGUUACCUAAAGAAAACAUACCAUUAUCUGAUGCUGGGGUUGAUAAUCAUCAUUGUUCUCCUACAGGGAAAAAUCAGCAAAGUGAAAAGCAUCGUCCCUCCUCUGAGAAUACUGUACUUCACUGUGCUCCAAGUGCUCAGCUAGGUUUUUUGUAUAAAUCUAUGGCUAAGAGGCAAAUGCCAAACCAUGUUCUUGAGGCAAAACUACAUGAAAAUUCAAAGAAGUUAAAUUCACCUGUACUAAAUACUAACAUUCUCAAUAAAUCAAACAAUUAUCAGGCUUUUGAAGAGAUGAACAGUCCUUUCUGUUUUGAAUGGGACUCUGACAUAAAAGAUUUGUCUAAAAAUUCCAGAAAACUUCAGCCAGUUUAUUAUAUGUUAAAUCAAAAUAGAUUUCCAUCAGCAGAUGCUUUCUUGUGGCUUGACUCAGAAAACUCAGUGAUAAAUUUUUGCCAAAAAGAUCAAAAUGCAAAUAUCUUGGAGUGGAGAACAAAUCCAAACAGUGUCAUUUGGUGUGACUUACCAUAUGAAUCAUUCAAUCAGUUAGCAUUUAAUGAAGAUUACUUAUUAAGAGGUGAUGUGUGGGCAGCUAACUCAUUAUAUGGAAACUCUGGUCCUCUUCCAAUUAAUGAGGCUAAUAAUUCACUAGAAGAAUUACCGAUUGACUUAAGUUCUUCAUCAGAUCAUGAAAAGACUAGAUGCCCCAUAGUUGAUCAAAAAUCAUUAAGGAUGGAUGAAAAUUUUGUUUUUUCAAGUUUUGGUUAUGAGUACCAGGAAUGGUUGUCAUGUCUUGAACAUGGAGUGUGGUGGCCAUCAGAGGAUGGGGAUUAUGGAUAUUAUAUGUUUCAUGAUGGUCAAUAUAUCUAUUCUCUUCUCACUGAUUCUACUGGGCAGUAUGCGUAUUUAUUUAUACCUGAUUCUUAUCAAGAUUAUUUGGAUUGUGAUUUACAGACAAAUGGUCUAUCAAGUAUUAUGUUGGAUAACAGCAUUAUUUCUGCCUGUAGUUUUAAAGUACUUGAUGAGGAAGACGAAAUAUUGUGGUAUGUUGAAGAGGAACCAAUUGAUGACCCUCUUGAUUUAUCUUUAGCUUUGCCAAGAAGUGAAGAACCCUUGUAUCUAAAUUUAGAAACCUUUUCACAAGUAUUUAAAGAGUCAAGUUAUGACCAAAGCUAUCAGCCACUAGAUUUUUCAGGCUAUAAUCGUCAAAAGUUUAAAGGAGAUUUUAGAUCUUUCAAGGAAAGGCCAUGUGGUUCUGAAGAUCCUGAAUGUACAUUAGAUCUCAGAAGUCAGCCCCAAACUAUUAGUAAUCAUGUCUUAAACAGAGAUCAAAUUAUAGAGAGAGAUAAAAACCAACCUCUAACUAAAGAUUCAUCAGUUCAGCUUUCCAGUUUCCAUUGGCUUCAGCCUUCUGUUGAAGAAGUUGCCUCUUUGGUUCAUCCUGAAAAUAUGACUAAAGGCUCACAACAAGCGGAAGAGACAUCAUUAGUGAACAAAGUGACUUCAGUAUUUUCUGUUUUGGGUGCCUCAGUUGGAAGUACUUUGAAUUUUGAUAAGAGUGAAUCCUUAGAGUCUUUGGCCAUGCAGAAAGUCAGUCAGCAGUCAGAUUUAGCAGAGCUCACAAAUGAUGGCUUUCAGUCAUUAAUCAUGAGUAAGCAAUUAGAGGGUAACUCCCCAAAUGAGGAAAAAAGUCUUCUCAAGGAUUCAGAAAGACAGAUAGUAUCCAAUGUUCAGCAUCCAGAAUUGACCAAAAAUAUAAGGCAAGAAUUCUCUUUAAAUAAAAACAUUCAUGUGAAAAAGCAAAGUUUGUUAAAAUCUGGUUUCCAGUUAAGCCAAACAACUCCUCAGGCUAAAUUAGGUGUAAAAGAUGACGAAAUCACUACAAUGGACUCUAUUUCAGUUUCUCCUGCACCUCAGCAUAGUAGGGAUGAGCAUGAGAAUUGUGAGCUUCCCCAGGACCAGUCGUCCAGAGAGUCUGAGGAAACAUUAUUUAAAACUGCAUUGAAACUCUUCAGUAGAGAAUCUUCAGUUAGUAUGACAGCAAAUGAAAAACAGUCAUCUGGAUUUUUGAACCUUUUUAAAACUCAGGUGAAUAAAGAAGGAUCACCAAACUUAGAAAAGACUGGUGAUACAAAUGUCAAGAUAUCACCUCAGGAAAAGAAAGAAUCUUCUGGUGUUUCAAAUUUUUGGGGUACCCUUGGGGAUUUCUUUAAAGCCAAUGUAUCUCCUAUACAGACAACUGAAAAUAUGUCUGUUUCUUCAGUGACUAAUAAGGAUGAGGUCAGGUCAAGUCCUACUCCUAUAGAGCUAGCUAGCCAGGGUGCUGGGAACUUUCCUGCUGCACCAAUUUCCUCUAAAGGGAAGGCUAGAGUUAGAAGACUGAACAAACAGACUACUAUUGAUGACAGCAGGUUAAAGGAACCAUCAACUAGAGGGAUCCAGGGUAAUGAUUUGACUGAAAAAGAGGUACCAUUCAGAGACCACCUAAUCCAGCAGUCACCUAAUUCAUCUUUUUCAACAAGUAGUCUCAAAGAGUCUUCCAGGGAUUCUUCAGUAGAAACUAGUGGUGUGACUACAGUGACAGAAGCUUCAAAAAGUAAUGAAAUAUCCUUGGAUACCCUGAGCAAGAGAAAUUCAAAUGAACAAUAUCAUUUUUCUGACAAAGACUGGAGUUUCUCCAUGGCUACAACAUCUUCACCUCAACCAGAGUUACCAACCAAAAAGAGUAUAUUUUCUUUUCUGACUGGAUCUGAAAAAUCUGAGAACAGAGCCUCUGCUAGUCUACCAAGAGCCAAAUCUCAAGCAGAAGGGCUAUUCACACUUCCUUCCUUUUUUUCCACUGCUAGCUCAAGCAUUAAGAAGGAUACCUCUCAUAGUAGCUCUACUUUUAGUUUCUUCAGCUUGCCCUUUUUGGAUCAAAAUAAGGAGACCUCUGGGGAAAAACAAAGCAUUUCAACUGUUGUUCCAGUGACCUCCCAGCCCUGUAAGAAGUCAAAUGUUUUUGUAGACAGUGGUAGCACAAUGACCAGAGAAAGUUCCAGUGGUCAUAGAGAUAGCAUAGCCCAAGAAGUAGUUCAUGAACAGCGAAUGGCACCUUGUAUUUCCAUUAACAACACAGUUGAGGUUACCUCCCUUGCAGAUAAGCUCAGUGUAGAGAAGAGGGACUGUGAGGAAAAACUGAGUUCCAAUACUGGACCACGAACAUCAGUGGAUUUCCAGAUGAAUGAGUUGCAAAAAGACAUUGUUCCUCCUUCACCAGAAUUUCAGGCACAGGCUGAAACAUUCCUCAUUGGCCCAGAGAACCUUGGGAUAGUUCCCCAUGAAGAAGAGGCUUUCAACCACAAAGCCUUCCCCAGUGACUCACUGUCCAACUCUUUUUCACUUGCUAAACAGUUAACUGAAAAAUUCAAUGACUUAGAGAGUUGUACGAACUACCACCAAAAUGAGAAAUUUACUACUGAACCAGUGAACUUGCCAUUAGAAAAGGCCCCCGAUGAGGUCUUACCACAGAUCCUGGGGCCAGCCUCUUCCUCUCCGGAGCCAGGGUGUGCAGGGAACCUUCAGAACCAAGAUGCAGAUAAAGAGGAAGACAAAUCUGCAUUGGGAUCUUCAGUAGACAUGCUUUCAGGGUUUGUGACCAAAGUGAAAUCUUUCUCUGGGAGCUUAAUUGAACCUCCCAAAACACUCUCUGGACUUUUCUCCUCUGCUAAAUCUCCAAAGAAAAACUCCUUUUUCUCUCUUGCUUCUGAUGCAUCAUCUCAGCCCCUCAAAGAUGAAUUAUUUGGAAUUUUCAAAAGUCCCAAGCCAGAGUCAUACAAACGAGAAUCAUCUCUCCCAGCUACUACAUGGCUUCAGAAUGGUUGUUCCAGAGAUGCUGUAGGAUCAGCACCUCCAGAAAGGAGAGAAGCUGCCUUUACAGCACCCAAUUCAGAAUCUACUCUCAGUGACUGUAGAAUGACUGUGGUUAGUGCAAAGCCAGAAUCAGAUAUCUUGACAGAUGAUCCUAAGCUAACAACCAAAAUGGAAGACAAUAAUACUCCUGAAAAUAUUCUGGAACUUCAACGUUCUGAAACAAUUAAUACAUCUUCUUUCUCAGGCGAUGAUACUGGGCAAGGAGUAUUGUCUCUGAGUGAUGAAGGAGACAUGGGGAUAUUGCAAGCUACAGACACAGAGGCAUCAUUAGAAGCAGAGAACAUUGCGCUGCCAACACAGUUGCAAUCAGAUCCUACCUGCAUUGCCGAAGAGCUUCCUCCAAUUCAGCCACCUCUUCCUCUUGAGCCAGAGCCAGCUAUUCAAACUGCCUCCACAAACCAAGACUUACUGGAGCUGCAUCCAGCCAGUUCACUAGAAACUGAUACUACACUGUUCAGUGAUGCAAGUGUGAGCCAGAGCACCGCACUGGAAACCGAAGGGCGCUUUUCUCAUCCUCUGCUGGAGGACUCUGUGCUUCCUGCCAAAGACAGUUGUGAGAUAAUUCAUGCCAAGAAAGAUCCACCUGCAGUCCCCCAGGAAACAGAGCAUUCAAGACCACGUUUUGAGAUCCCAAAUGUGACCAGUUGGCCAAAGCUUCGUUUGCCAUCCUGUGCUACUAACCACGGGAAACCACUGAGCUCUUUCUUUUCCUCAUCUCUCCCCUCUGGCAAUAGAGCAGCAGAGACUGGUUUAAUGUCCAGUUUUAAGAAGUUGUCAACUUUCUUUGAGGGAAAUGGUGAGGGGAAAGGAAGUGUACCAGCAAGUGAUUCAAAACUAGGGUUUGGAAAGGUGGAUCUUUCAUUUCCGUGGCCAAAAGAGAACAAAUGGGGCCCUGAGCAAAUGCCUACAGAAUCUUCCCCUCCGGUUUUAGUUACUAGUAGUGAUCAGGACCUUUACUCCAGUGAGACUAACAAAGCUUUGGAGUCUUCUCAGAUAUCUGGGGCCAGUGCUCAGCCAGAUAAAGUCUACACUCAGCCCUCUGGGACCUCUGAGCAGCUGGCGGCCAGGCCAGAGGUCUGUGCUCAGGGGCUUUCAGGACCUGGAGAAGGGGGAAACCAGCAGGAAAUCUCAGCAUCCGGAGAACACUGGGAUACCAAAGGCAACCUCUGUAGCCCCACCUGUCCUUCAGGGAAACAUGAGGAAGAACCCUCCACUGUCUCUGAGAUAUUUCACCAGCCAGAAAAACAGGAAGAGGAGGCAGUGCCUGCUAGUACUGACUCUGAUUUGAAUGUACAGCAGCCAGUCACUCUGAAUGACAUCAUGGAGCCAAUGACCAACAAAAGGCCUGUUCUUAACUCAAGCAUCAUAAAUGGCUUUAAAGAAUCGACCAUUUAUGAUGCAAGUGACUUAGUGGUAGAUUAAUCAUAGCUUACUUUUUAUCCUUCCUGUGUCUUUCCUAGUACCCGAGCUUCAUGUUAAUUAGGGGUUAAAUAACAAGAACUCAAUGUGUGGGUAUUUUCAUCCUCCUCUUCUCUCUAUGCCAAUUGUAAUUCAUUUGUUGGAACAAGGAGCUUCCUGCUUAAAGCAAAGGCUGGGCCUGGAGAUUUACUCACUCUGGUUUGCUCUGCCUUGUAUAAUGCGAAAUGGAGAAAGGAGGGCAGGAAGAGGUAGCAAGUAGUUGGUAGUAUAUUAACUACAACUACAUGAUAGGCUAGGAUGCUUCCUUGGGCCUGAGGCACUUAUAUCUUGUAGGAGAUGGGGAUAGACCUAUUUUGCUUUGUUUUUUCAAGUCUUCUAAGAUGCUUUCUCCAGUGGCAAUGAGUGUUUUAAGUUAAAUACAAAGUGCAAAGGAUGCCUUGGGAUAGUCUGUAUUCCCAUAUCCUAUUCCAUACAGAUUUACAUAACUUCUUCCAGGGUAUCAUCUCUGCCUUUUACUACCCUCAAGGCUGAUGUCUGAUAAAUGCUUUGAGUAAAAUCUCACAGGAACUCAGAGGUGUCCUUUGCUGUAGUUCUUCAGUCUCGAGCAGUGUGCUGGAUCCAUCUGCAGAGGGUACUAUUAUUUCCCCUAAGAAGCAGUACCAUACAUCACAGAUUAAGAAUGCUACCUUGACCUCUGGCCCAGACUUGUUCAAAGGGGUUGGUCAGGGUCAGUGUGUGUGUGUGUGUGUGUGUGUGUGUGUGUACUUAUGUACAAGUAUUUUUGUAUGUGUGUUGAACUACUCAGAGCAGUGACCUAGUACCUAUUCUGCUGGCAUGGGCUAGAGGAUCAGAAAUCAGCCUGAAAAUACCAGGUAAUUAGGAGGAACUUUAGGGAAAAUCCCAUUGGAAAAUAACAGUGAUUUCUCUUCUUUGACCAAGGGUAAACACAAGCCCUUUAGUUUAAAGGCUUGACUCUGUGGUAAGAAAAUUCUUCAAAAGAACUGAAGCCCUUAGAUGAUACGGCCAUAAAAGUCAAGGAAGUAACUUCUAGGUACUGCUCUUCUUUCCACCACUCUGCCUUUCUUGCCACUGUCACUUUCUCUGCUACAACUGCUUUCUCUCAUAACUUUCUGGACAUGGGAAUACAGGUGAUUGAGAAAAGAUUGGCUUGCUGGCCUUCAGAUACAGAGAUGCAUGAAUACAGCUCUGACCCAGAUCCUGGAGUUGGACUUUGUCCACUCUUUCCAAAACUGAGCCUUGCCCUGAAAGAAGCUCAGUUACAGAUGUUCAUCUUUGGGACACUUCCUAUGCUGCCAGGGAUAUCAUUGUAGCACUUACGUUGAUGAGUCCAUUCCUUUGUGGAAUCUCUUGGUCCUGGCCUCCAUCUUCUAAUGGGUUCUAUUAACUCGUCUUGCAGAUGAGGAAACUGAGAUGAUAAUUGAAGGAACAUAUCUACUCUCCUUUGCUCAUCCUAAGGUACAAGAAUACACAUUUACAAUUGUAGAGGAAGAAAUAAUGACCUCAGUGUAAUAAGUAAUAGAAAAAGAGUGGAGUUCAUUCAUUCCAUUUUACUGUGUGGAAAUUUAAAAAAAUUUAAUCACAGCCACUGGACAAGCUUCUUCAGAAGACUGAAUAAAGAAUUUUAGGAACAAGUAACAGGCCAUUUUAAUAAUUUUUAAUCCUACUCACAAAUAGCCUAUUAAGAUAAAAUAUCCUUCAAAGUCAAGUACUGGGCUGAGGUUAAGUGUCGUUGGAGAACCCAGCAUGUUGUGUUGUUUUCCUGUUGUGUUUUUGCUGAAUAGAGACUAUUCUAGAUUAUGAAGUUUGGUCCUCUCUUCCCAGGAACCUCCUAUUUGAUUCUUGCUACUGAUAUAGUCAUUAUUUCCUGGAUGUCUCCAUGCUUUUGUCCUGGUCCUUGAUUGCAUUUAUUUACUUUUCUGUCUUUCUGUCAUUC